CUCUCCCUCGCGGGCCCUUCCCCUUUAAUGAGGACUAGAAGCGGGGAGGGAGGUGGGGUCGCCUGCCUACAGCCCGUUAACCGCCUGCCUACAGCACCAGAAGGUCACCCCAGCCCCAGCCCCAGCCUGAUCCCUUUCUUUGUGCCGCUAAUAUAAUUGGCUGAUUGUGCCAGUGAUGAGCGCCCCCUCCCCCAGCCCGGUCCUCGCUCCAUGUUUGUGAGCCUCACUGCUGGUUUCCGCGGAGAGAGGAGAGCAGCUCAGCUCGGCUCAGCCCAGCUCGCUGCGCGCCUCCCGCACAGGCGGUGCCGCUGCGCAGGUUGAUCGGGAAACAGCAUCCAUUUUCCUCUGCGGGGAGCCCUGCCUGCCCAGGGCGUGCUCUCCGCCGCGGGUGCCCCGCGCGCUCCCGCAGCCUCGCGGAGCCGUCCUGCUUGGGGUCUGCGCCCUAGGAUGCACUGAGAUGGUGCAUCAGGAGAACUGUUCGUACCAGGCACAGAAAAAUGAGAGAGAAUCUAUUCGACAGAAGUUGGCACUUGGGAGCUUCUUUGAUGAUGGCCCAGGAAUUUAUACCAGCUGCAGCAAAAGUGGGAAGCCAAGCCUUUCCUCUCGCCUGCAGAGUGGGAUGAACCUGCAGAUCUGCUUUGUCAACGACAGCGGCAGCGACAAGGACAGCGAUGCGGAUGACAGCAAGACGGAAACCAGCCUGGACACCCCCUUGUCGCCCAUGAGCAAACAGAGCUCUUCCUAUUCCGAUAGAGACACUACUGAAGAGGAAUCCGAAUCCCUAGAUGAUAUGGAUUUCCUCACCAGGCAAAAGAAAUUGCAAGCUGAAGCCAAAAUGGCCCUCGCCAUGGCCAAACCCAUGGCCAAAAUGCAAGUAGAAGUGGAAAAACAGAACAGGAAAAAGUCUCCCGUCGCUGACCUACUGCCACACAUGCCUCAUAUAAGCGAAUGCUUGAUGAAGAGGAGUUUAAAGCCUGCUGACCUGAGGGACAUGACUAUUGGGCAGCUACAAGUCAUAGUGAAUGAUCUCCAUUCUCAGAUAGAAAGCUUGAAUGAAGAGCUGGUCCAGCUGCUGCUCAUCCGAGAUGAGCUGCACACGGAACAGGAUGCCAUGCUGGUGGACAUUGAAGACUUGACCAGACAUGCCGAAAGUCAGCAAAAGCACAUGGCAGAGAAAAUGCCUGCGAAGUGAAGAGGAGCCAUCCCAUCAGAGGACACGCUAGACGUCUUUUUGCUUCUGUGGUUGUAAAAAUGCUGUUGUGCAAGGUGGCGCAGAAACAAACAAACAUCAGUGUUCGUCAUUGAUAAUGUCUGAAGCUUCAUGUCCAGUGAUUGGCCUUUGCUUCUUUUUCUUUCUUUUUUUUCCCCACAUUUUACCAGAUGAAUUUAAUUGACAUUUUUGGAGCAUUACACCCCAAAACUGCAGGGCACACAUUCCCCUCAACUCACAUGGAACACCCUCUAGGACAGACCACAUAUUAAGCCACAAAACAAGCUUAAAUGAACUUAAAAAGAUUUAAAUCAUUCCACACACCUCCCACCCCACCCCCAGCCACAAUGGCAUGAAAGUAGAAAUCAAUUAAAAAAAAACACACCUGAAAAACACACAAACACAUGGAGGCUAAAUAACACGCUACCAAACAGUGAAUAGGCUAACAAUGAGACCAAGGAAGAAAUCAAAAGAUACCUUGAUCCCUGGCUGUUGUGGCUCAGUUAGUUGAGUGCCAUCCAGUUAA